ACUGCGACGACCAUCUCUCAGGCCCAACUCCACUUCACUCUCUCUCUUCUCUCACCUCUCUGCUUUUUCCCCUUUUAAAUCAUAGUGACAAAGCAGAAAGACAGCUUUAGAUUUUAAUGGUGGUGAAGGAAUAUUAGUGAAAGAACAUCUUCCUCUCAGAUAGAGAGAGUAAGUCAUAACCUUUGUACUUCUUUCUUCUUACAGUAAGAUUUGUUAGGCAUCUUCCUUCUUCGUAAGGAGAUCUGAGUCUGGUGUUCUCAAGAUAUUUGAGUUUGCAACCAGAAGAUAUUAGGGUUUUUUUCGCUUCCUUCCUGUGUGGAAGAAAAAUGGAAGAAGCUGAAGCUGCAACCAAAGCAGCGGUUGACAGCUGUCAUGGAGUCUUGAAUCUCUUGUCACAACAAACCAGUGAUCCCAAAUCCAUAACGGUUGGAACAAGAGAAGCAGUUUCCAAGUUCAGGAGAGUUGCUUCUCUCUUGUCUAGUGGAUUAGGUCAAAGAAAUAUCAAGAAGCUCAACAACAACAAGCUUCGGUCUCAUAUGUUACCCCAACACAUCUUCUUGGAAAGUCCUGUGUGCAGUAAUAAUCCCAUAAGUGGUAGUCUUCCAGUUCUAGCACCAACGCCUCUUCAGAUUGUACCACCUUCUGCUGCUAGUUAUGGUGAAUUUGAGCCAAAGCAGAGACCGGGUCAUCCUCCAGGGAUGUUGCUUAACCAGAAAAUGUGUGUUGACAAGUCGUUCCUGGAGCUAAAGCCACCCUCCUCUCGAGCUAUUGAUCAAAACCCAUAUCAGUUUAUCCCUAACCACCAGCAAGGAGUGUACUCUCGGAGCAAUAGUGAUUUAAAUCUGAAGUUUAAUGGGCCUGGUGGUGGUAGUUGUUAUUCCCCAAGCGUCUCAAACGGAUCAAGAUCGUUUGUUUCAUCUCUUAGUAUGGAUGCUAGUGUGGCGGAUUACAACAGAAACUCGUUUCAUUUGUUCGGAUUACCUCAGGGAUCUGAUCAUGUCUCCCAGCAUUCAAGGAGGACAGGCUGCUCUGGUAGUUUGAAAUGUGGUGGUAGGAGCAAGUGUCAUUGCUCCAAGAAAAGGAAGUUGAGAGUGAGACGAUCGAUCAAAGUACCUGCGAUUAGCAACAAGAUUGCUGAUAUACCACCAGAUGAAUAUUCAUGGAGGAAGUACGGACAAAAGCCAAUAAAGGGUUCUCCUCAUCCUAGGGGGUACUAUAAAUGCAGCAGCCUGCGAGGUUGUCCAGCAAGGAAGCAUGUUGAAAGAUGUGUAGAUGAAACUUCAAUGCUAAUUGUGACUUACGAAGGAGAGCAUAACCAUUCGAGACUACUCUCUUCUUAAUCAGCUCAAACGUGAUUAACCAAAACCGGUCUAGUAUCUGUGGUUUACAAUUGUAUAUUCCACUUGACAUGAUGGUACUUACUUGGGGUUACUCUUUGCAUUACAAGUGUGGCUUUAGCCUUAUCUACAUAUAGAUAAAAUGGUAUAAUCUAGAAGGUUUUGUGGUUUGUAUCAGAUGUUGGUUCAAUAGGUUUGGCAUCAGCCUUAUCUACGUAUAGUUUUAUAUAUGGUAUAAUCUAGAAGGGUUUUUUGUUUUGUAUCGGAUGUUGAUGCAGUAGGUUUGGCUUUGUUGAGCAAAUGUAAACUGAUAUGUAUCUGAUAUGAUUUGGUUCCUCUGUUAUCUUCAGCAA